AUGCGGCUCUGGAGUUGGGUGCUGCGCCUGGGGCUGCUGAGCGCCGCGCUGGGCUGCGGGCUGGCCGAGCGCCCCCGCCGGGCCCGGAGAGACCCGCGGGCCGGCCGCCCCCCGCGCCCCGCCGCCGGCCCGGCCACCUGCGCCACCCGGGCGGCCCGCGGCCGCCGCGCCUCGCCGCCGCCGCCGCCGCCGCCGCCGCCGGGCGGUGCCUGGGAAGCCUUGCGCGUCCCCCGGCGGCGGCAGCAGCGGGAGGCGAGGGGCGCCGCCGCCGAGCCGAGCCCGCCGAGCCGGGCGCUCUGUUUCAGCGGGCGCGGCGAACAGCUGCGCCUGCGGGCCGACCUCGAGCUGCCCCGGGACGCCUUCACGCUGCAAGUGUGGCUGCGAGCGGAGGGCGGCCAGCGGUCCCCGGCGGUGAUCGCAGGGCUGUAUGACAAGUGUUCUUAUACCUCACGUGACCGAGGAUGGGUCGUGGGUAUUCACACCAUCAGUGACCAAGGCAACAGAGACCCACGCUACUUUUUUUCCUUGAAGACUGACCGGGCUCGACAAGUGACCACCAUCCAUGCCCACCGCAGCUACCUCCCAGGCCAGUGGGUAUAUCUGGCUGCCACCUACGAUGGGCGGCUGAUGAAACUCUAUGUGAAUGGUGCCCAGGUGGCCACCUCUGGAGAGCAGGUGGGUGGCAUCUUCAGUCCACUGACCCAGAAGUGUAAAGUACUUAUGUUGGGGGGCAGCACUCUGAACCACAACUUCCGGGGUUCCAUUGAACGCUUCAGCCUGUGGAAGGUGGCCAGGACUCAGCGGGAGGUACUGCUGGACAUGGAAAUCCAGGGGCUCCACCCUCCUCUACCUCAGCUCCUUCUCCAGGAGAACUGGGACAAUGUGAAGCGUGCCUGGUCCCCCAUGAAGGAUGGCAACAGCCCACGGGUAGAACCCAGUGGUGUCCACAGCUUCCUGCUGGACACUAAUUUGGAGCCCCCUCUGUGUGGGCAGACAUUGUGCGACAACCCUGAGGUCAUUGCCAGCUACAACCAGCUGCCACGCUUCCGCCGACCCAAGGUGGUGCGCUACCGUGUGGUUAACUUGCAUGAGGACGGCGGGGAGAACCCCACGGUGAGCCGCCAGCAGAUUGACUUCCAGCACCGGCAGCUGGCCGAGGCCUUCCAGCACUACAACAUCUCCUGGGAGCUGGAGGUGCUGGAGGUGAGCAAUUCUUCCCUGCGUCGCCGCCUCAUCCUGGCCAACUGUGACAUUAGCAAGAUUGGGGAUGAGAACUGUGACCCUGAGUGCAACCAUACCUUGACUGGCCAUGAUGGCGGGGACUGCCGCCACUUCCGCCACCCCCCUUUUGUGAAGAAGCAGCAGAAUGGGGUGUGUGACAUGGAUUGCAACUAUGAACGAUUCAACUUUGAUGGCGGAGAGUGUUGUGAUCCCGAGAUCACUGAUGUCACCAAGACGUGCUUUGAUCCCGACUCUCCACACAGAGCAUACUUGGAUGUUAAUGAGUUGAAGAACAUUCUUAGAUUGGAUGGAUCAACACAUCUCAACAUCUUCUUUGCAAACUCAUCAGAAGAGGAAUUGGCAGGAGUUGCAACGUGGCCUUGGGACAAAGAAGCCCUAAUGCACUUGGGUGGCAUUGUCUUAAAUCCAUCAUUUUAUGGCACUCCUGGACACACCCAUACCAUGAUCCAUGAAAUUGGUCACAGCUUGGGCCUCUAUCACAUCUUCCGUGGCAUCUCAGAAAUCCAGUCUUGCAGCGAUCCCUGUAUGGAGACAGAGCCUUCCCUUGAGACUGGAGACCUCUGCAGUGAUACCAACCCUGCCCCCAAACACAAAUUCUGCGGUGACCCCGGGCCAGGGAAUGACACCUGUGGCUUUCAAAGCUUCUUUGAUACGCCUUACAACAACUUCAUGAGCUAUGCAGAUGACGACUGCACUGACUCCUUCACGCCCAAUCAAGUCGCCAGAAUGCACUGUUACCUGGACCUGGUGUACCAGAACUGGCAGCCCUCCAGGAAGCCAGCGCCUGUCGCCCUGGCCCCACAGAUCGUGGGCCAUAUGACUGAUUCUGUGAUGUUGGAGUGGUUCCCACCCAUCGACGGCCACUUCUUUGAAAGAGAAUUGGGAUCAGCAUGUGAACUUUGCUUGGAAGGGAGAAUCCUGGUUCAGUAUGCCUUCAAUGCCUCCUCCCCAAUGCCCUGUGGCCCAUCGGGACAUUGGAGUCCACGGGAAGCAGAAGGUCAUCCAGAUGUUGAACAGCCUUGUAAGUCCAGUGUACGCACCUGGAGUCCAAAUUCGGCUGUCAACCAACACACAGUUCCUCCAGCCUGCCCUGAACCACAAGGCUGCUAUCUUGAACUGGGAUUUCGCUAUCCCCUGAUCCCUGAAUCUCUGGCCAUCUGGGUGACAUUUGUUUCCACUGAUUGGGACUCUAGUGGAGCUGUCAAUGACAUCAAACUAUUGACUGUCAGUGGGAAGAACAUCUCCUUGGGUCCUCAGAAUGUCUUCUGUGAUGUCCCAUUGACCAUCAAACUUCAAGAUGUAGGUGAGGAGGUGUAUGGUAUCCAGAUCUACACAUUGGAUGAGCACUUGGAGAUUGAUGCCGCCAUGCUGACCUCACUUCCAGACAGCCCACUCUGCCUGGAGUGUAAACCCUUGCAGUACAAGGUAGUCCGGGACCCUCCUCUCCAGGCAGAUGUGGCUUCUAUCCUACACCUCAAUAGAAGAUUCUUGGACAAGGACCUGAACCUUGGCAGUGUGUACCACUACUGGGUCAUCACCAUUUCAGGAAAUGAGGAGAGUGAGCCUUCACCUGCCACCAUAUAUAUCCAUGGAAAUGGAUACUGUGGUGAUGGAAUUAUCCAGAAAAGCCAAGGUGAAGAAUGUGAUGACAUGAAUAAGAUCAAUGGUGAUGGCUGCUCCCUUUUCUGCCAACAGGAAAUUUCCUUCAACUGCAUUGAUGAACCCAGCCGGUGCUAUUUUCAUGAUGGAGAUGGGGUGUGUGAGGAGUUUGAACAAAAAACUAGCAUUAAAGACUGUGGUGUCUACACUCCCCAGGGGUUCCUGGAUCAGUGGGCAUCCAAUGCUUCUGUAUCCCAUCAGGACCAACAGUGCCCAGGCUGGGUAAUCAUUGGCCAGCCAGCAGCUUCCCAGGUGUGUCGAACCAAGGUGAUAGAUCUCAGUGAAGGAAUUUCCCAGCAUGCCUGGUACCCCUGCACUAUCAGCUACUCAUACUCCCAGCUGGCUCAGACCACUUUUUGGCUCCGGGCAUACUUUUCCCAGCCUAUGGUGGCUGCAGCUGUCAUUGUUCACCUUGUGACUGAUGGAACCUACUACGGGGACCAAAAGCAGGAGACUAUUAGUGUCCAGCUGUUCGACACCAAAGAUCAGAGCCAUGAUCUAGGCCUCCAUGUGCUGAGCUGCAGAAACAAUCCUCUGAUUAUCCCUGUGGUCCAUGACCUCAGCCAGCCCUUCUACCACAGCCGGGCCGUGCGCGUGAGCUUCACUUCAGCCCUGGUCGCCAUCUCGGGGGUGGCCCUCCGCUCCUUCGACAACUUUGACCCCGUCACCCUGAGCAGCUGCCAGAGAGGGGAGACAUACAGCUCUGCCGAGCAGAGCUGUGUACACUUCGCAUGUGAAGCCACAGACUGCCCAGAGCUGGCAGUGAAGAAUGCUUCUCUCAACUGCUCCAGCAGUGACCAUUACCACGGUGCCCAGUGUACCGUGAGCUGUCGGACGGGCUACGUGCUCCAGAUCCAGCGUGAUGAUGAGCUAAUCAAGACCCAGACGGGGCCCAGUGUCACUGUCACCUGCAGCGAGGGCAAAUGGAAUAAACAGGUGGCAUGUGAGCCAGUGGACUGUGGCCUCCCAGACCAACAUCAUGUCUAUGCAGCCUCCUUCUCUUGCCCUGAGGGCACCACCUUUGGCAGCAAAUGCUCUUUCCAGUGCAGACACCCAGCACAGCUGAAAGGAAACAACAGCCUCCUGACAUGCAUGCAGGAUGGCCUGUGGUCCUUUCCAGAAGCCCUGUGUGAGCUCAUGUGCCUAGCUCCACCCCCAGUGCCCAAUGCAGACCUCCAAACCGCCCGGUGCCGAGAGAACAAACACAAGGUGGGCUCUUUCUGCAAGUACAAGUGCAAACCUGGAUACCACGUGCCUGGCUCCUCCCGGAAGUCCAAGAAACGGGCCUUCAAGACUCAAUGUACCCAAGAUGGCAGCUGGCAGGAGGGAGCUUGUGUUCCUGUGACUUGUGAUCCACCUCCAGCAAAAUUCCAUGGGCUCUACCAGUGCACUAAUGGCUUCCAGUUCAACAGCGAGUGUAGGAUCAAAUGUGAAGACAGUGAUACCAACCAGGGACGCGGGAGCAACAUCAUCCACUGCCGGAAAGAUGGCACCUGGAGUGGCUCCUUCCAUGUCUGCCAGGAGAUGCAAGGCCAGUGCUCAGCUCCAGACCAGCUCAACAGCAACCUCAGGCUGCUGUGCCCUGAAGGCUAUGCCAUAGGGUCUGAGUGUGCCACCUCGUGCCAGGACCACAACAGCGAGUCCAUCACCCUGCCUGUGAACAUGACCGUGCGGGACGUCCCCCACUGGCUGAACCCCACCCGGGUGGAGAAAAUUGUCUGUACAGCUGGUCUCAAGUGGUAUCCUCAUCCUUCUCUCAUCCACUGUGUCAAAGGCUGUGAGCCCUUCAUGGGAGACAAUUACUGUGAUGCCAUCAACAACCGAGCCUUCUGCAACUACGAUGGUGGGGAUUGCUGCGCCUCAACAGUCAAGACCAAAAAGGUCACCCCCUUCCCUAUGUCCUGUGACCUACAAGGUGAUUGUGCUUGUCGGGACCCCCAGGCCCAAGAACACAGCCGGAAAGACCUACGAGGGUACAGCCAUGGCUAAGGAAGUACAAGGAGCUGUAGAAGAAUGCCCAACACCAGGACCCGCAUCCCUUUGGUAUUGAUUUUACCGUCAGCUGCUCAAUGGAAUGGCCUCUCCACACCAGGGAUCCUUAGCACCCAACCGGUCUGCCUUUAAUUUCACCCAGGAAGGACGCAUAGCGGGGGCGCAUGAAACAAAUCUCACCAUGUUGAAUGAUGGAAUGGAAUCCUGUCCCAAAGUCUUAUCUGGAUUGCAGAUACAGCAUGCAGUCCCAGAGCCUCCUAAAAUUCUAACCAUUUGUCACACAACCACAGUGAGAAACAUAUUCUGUAUCUAGGGGUGUGCACAUCUGUGGUUAGUAUGCAUGCAUGCACCCAUACAAGCAUCUGUGUAAGGGCAGUUUUGGAGACUGAGCAGAGAGAGACUGGAACAAACUCAAUAUUUCCUUUCCCCAGCUCCUAGCCAACACUGUCCUUGGGAGAAAGAGAAUUUCAGAAACUAAGACCAAGUGUUGAGAUGCCAAGAUACUCACACCUUGAGGCUUGGGUUAUGCAGGGCGUAAUUAUACGGUCCUUUGGGACUGAAAGUGAAAUGGUCUCUGAUCGCCUCCCUUCUAGGGAAGUAGGACCCUUGAAAAAGUCAAGAACACAAAGUAUGCGAAGCCCCCCCAGUUAUUCUGCUGCCAUCAGGGGGUUUCAUCCCCAACUCCAGGGUUUGAGGCCAAGCUGGAAGCAGCCUGAUUGCAAUGUCAAGGUAUUAUACCAGCCCUCUGCUUGAGGCUUGAGGCUUGAGGCCAUAAUAUUCCUCCAGAACCCACCCAUUCCCCAAAUUUUGCCUUGGGACCACAUUUGCUGCUACUUUUCCUGCUGCUCUAUCCUAUACAUUGAAUACCCCAAGAUGGUAGGACUAGGUUAGGAACC